AUGCUCUACAAGCCGUCCGUUCUCGCCAUGCUGGCGCUCCAGUUCCUCGGUGCUCUGGCCCAGGAUGCUGCUGAGCCCGGAACCAAGCAGACCGAGUUGUCCGACCUCAAGGCCGACGUGAGCACCUCGUUUCCCGACGCCGACAUCUUCGGCGUCAAGCUGGUUAAUGGCCGGCCGACAACGGCCCUGAUCGAGCUGGCCAAUAGGGACGAAAGCCCCGUUCAGAUCGCCUUCGUCUCCGGCUCCCUCUUCACAACCAGAGACGUCUCCGACGACACGCCUCUGUAUGAUACUAUCCUGCGCAACUUGACGGCCGUCCAGCAGCAGGUUGUCGUCCCUGCCGGCGAGUCAAAGAGCGUACCCUACUCUUUCUCCGUCGACAUGCUGCCCCAGGACGUGCGCGUGCGUCUGGUAGCCGUCGUCACCGACAGCAAGGGUAACGUCUUCCAGGUGGAGGCUCACAACGAUAUCGCUGCCAUUGUCGAGGCUCCCAUCAGCUUCCUUGAUCCUCAGAUCAUCUUCCUCUACCUCUUCAUCUCGGCUACCUUUGCUGGUAUCCUCUACUUUGUCUACAAAACCUGGCUCGAGACCUUCUUCCCCUCCUCGGCCCCUAAGCGUUCUGCCCAUGGCGCUUCCGCUCCCAAGAAGUCGGAUGAGACGGCCGCCACCACCGCCACCAUCGAUGACAGCUGGAUUCCCGAGCACCACCGUGCCCGUCCUACCGCUCGUCGUGGCAAGUCUGCCACCAAGGGCUCUGAGUAA